AUGGCACUGCAGAGUAGCUUAUCCAUAGAUGAUGUGAAACAUGAUGAAUAUGAUGAUGAUGGUCACAUAAAACCAACAGGAUCUGGAGUGUUGUCAUUGGUAUCGGCUAUUACAAAAUUCAUCUUUUUUAAAGAUGUAGCGCGACGAUACACAGGAUCUAGAAUAGAAGAUGAAACUAUUACUUUGGAUUUCGUAAAGAAAAUGAUGGAUGAUUUCAAGAAUCCGAAGUGCUUGCAUAGACGGUAUGCAUACAAGAUUGUGUUGCAAAUAAAAAAGAUAUUGAAAGCUUUGCCUUCUCUUGUCGACAUAACUGUUCCUCAUGGAAAACAUAUUACUGUUUGUGGUGAUGUGCAUGGUCAGUUCUAUGAUCUUUUGAAUAUUUUUGAGCUCAAUGGGCUUCCUUCGGAAGAAAAUCCAUAUCUAUUUAAUGGUGACUUUGUUGAUAGAGGAUCGUUUUCGUUAGAAGUCAUCCUCACUUUGUUUGCAUUUAAGUGCAUGUCUCCAUCAGCCAUAUAUCUAGGUAGAGGAAAUCACGAGAGCAGGAGAAUGAACAAGAAAUGUGGUUUUGAGGGUGAGGUGCGCUCAAAGUUGAAUGGAGGAUUUGUCAAACUAUUUGCGGAAGUGUUCUGCUGUUUAUCUUUGGCUCAUGUGAUAAACAAGAAAGUUUUCGUAGUCCAUGGAGGUCUUUUUAGUGUUGAUGGGGUCAAACUCUCCGAUAUCCGAUCAAUUAAUCGGUUUUGUGAGCCUCCUGAUGAAGGGUUGAUGCAUGACUUGCUAUGGAGUGAUCCACAAUAUCUCCCUGGAAGAGGACCAAGCAAGCGUGGUUAUGAAUUAUUUUGUUUUGGUGAGGAUGUUACAAAAAGGUUCUUGAAGGAUAAUAAUUUAGAUUUAGUUGUGCGAUCUCAUGAAUCAAAGCGCAAGGGUUAUGAGAUUCAACAUGACGGUAAACUCAUAACUGUAUUUUCUGCUCCAAAUUACUGUGAUCAGAUGGGUAACAGAGGUGCCUUUAUUCGAUUUGAAGCGCCUGAUUUGAAACCUAAAAUAGUUACAUUUGAAGCAGUGCCACACCCUGAUGUUAAGCCAAUGGCUUAUGCAAACAACUUCCACCGAUGGUUCUAA